CUGCUCUAGUUGGAUGGAAAUCCCCUAACAUCUGUCUGGACAGUGCUGAUUGGCCCUGUGCUGAUCACAUGCACUCUCCCUAGGAAAAGAAAAAACCUCUCAUGCAAUACACACUAAACUGAGCAUGUGCAGAAUGGCUACAUUUCAGUCUGUCUUAUCAGGAGAUAAGAGGAGCAGAGAAAUCAGGAUCAAACAACCUUUGUACACAAUGCAGAGGGAUAACCCCUUAGGUUCCACUGUGAGUAUAACAAGCAUGCUUUACUGCAUAUACAGACUGAUUUUACUGUUGUGAGCUUAG